AUGCUCCACUUGCACAUCUCCGAUCGAUUGUCUAUCAACAUCUCGUUACUGUUCGGUGGUUCUCUCGAAGCACGAUGGCAAAUACUGCGGACGCCCGGAUUGACGGGCCUCUGGGUAUCCAGCGGGGUCAUCAUGCAAGGCUUCGAUAUAGUCGCAGGAGGCCAGCUGGUUUCUCUCCCGGAAUUCCAAAAACAAUUCGGACGUCUGCAGCCGGACGGUUCGCAUAUUAUCCCUGCUCACUAUCUGUCUGCGUGGAAUUCGAUUGCUCCCGCCUGCGAGAUCGCCUCGACUUUUAUCUAUGCGCCGUUACUGGAGAAAUAUGGCCGUAAGCCUGGUAUCUUAGUUGCCUCUGCCAUCUCUGUUGCGGGAGUUCUCCUACAGCAGCUGGCGACGGAUUGGAGGGUCCAUCUGGCUGGUCGAGGGGUUAACGGUAUUGCGAUUGGUAUGAUGUUCACUAUUUCGCCGCUGUGGAUAGGCGAGACGUGUCGGCCAGAACUUCGAGGUUUCUUCCUUUGCUUCUUCAAUACGAGUAUUGUCUUUGGACAGUUCGCCAUUGCCGCAGUGGCUAGAGGAAGCAGCUACCUUGAUGGCAAAUGGCAAUGGUGGCUCCCGGUUGUUGGGAUGUAUAUCUUUCCAGGUAAAGCCCCAUCCUGCUCCGACUCUACAGUAGCUCACAUCACAGCAAUUCUCACAUUUGGCUGGCUAUUCUUCCCCGAGUCCCCAUACUGGCUGGUUCGACAACGAAAGACCACGCAAGCCCAAAAUUCCCUCCGGCGGGUCUACGGGUUCAAAAACGACGCCUUCUACGAUGUAGAAGUCCGUCGCAUGGAAACAGAGAAUAAUCAAGCCCUCGCAUUACAGGGCAGUCUCGCGCAGUCCAACCGCCGCACAUUCCUCGGCCUCGACCUCUCCGCCGAAGCCGAGUGCUUCGACCGCAUGAACCGCAAGCGCACCCUAACCGCCAUCUUCGCCGCCAGCGGCCAGCAAAUGAUAGGGGCGACUUUCGUCAUCGGGUACGCGACAUACUUCCUCGACCUAAUCGGGGUGAAGGACUACUUCGAUGCGUCGAUCGUCCUCUACGUUGUAAUGCUACUAGCCAGUAUGGCCGCCUUCCCACUGACCGAAAUCAUCGGCCGACGGACCAUGAUCGUGAUCCCGCAGUUCAUACUAUGCUGCAUGCUCCUCCUGAUCGGGAUCUUGGGGUGCGUUCCCGAUCAUGGAAAGGCAAGUUGGGGCAUUAUUGUGUUCAUCUAUAUUUGGGCGAUUAUAUACCAGCUGUCUAUUGGUGCCGUGGGGUUUGUGCUGGCGUCGGAAAUUGCCACCGUUCGGUUACGAAGCACGACACAGGGUCUUGUUACGAUCACUAAUGCGGCUUGGGGGCUUAUUAUGCAGUUCACGAUUCCGUAUAUGAUCAACCCCGACGCAGGCAAUCUCGGGGGCAAGGUUGGAUUCAUCUUCUUUGGAACAGGCCUUAUCGCAGCCAUCGGCGGAUGGUAUCUGUAUCCGGAGACUAAGGGCAUAUCAUUUGAAGCCAUGGACGAACUCUACGCGAGCGGAACAGCGCCUCGACUCUUCCGCACAGCAAGCGAGCAGCAGAGAGGCAUCCCUUUGGAGUCCAAGACUGAGCCUCCGGUUCAUGUGGAGGAUGUGAAUGUUUAA